AUGGAAAUCCGAGAUAGUCUUUGUGAUCUAGGAAGAAUGGAAAUCCCUCGUCCACAAUUUCACGGAAUGCAGUUUGUUGCAACCAGAGGUAAACAAGGAUUUUACAAGACUAUUCGAGAAAAUGGUAGUAAGUACGGUUUGCAAGUCAAGCCUCAAGGUCCUCGUCGACCGGUUCUUAGCAACGACCUCUUCGUGAGGCCCUCAACAAUGGAGGAGAAUGUCAAACCAGACAAGUCGUCGCAGUCAGCAGUUCGGCAAGCAGCAUCUCGUACAAAGUCUGUUGAUACCGAAUGCGCUAAGAACACUGAACCGCAUCAGGUUGCUCCGCCAUCGUCGUCACAGGUAAACGUCGACACUUAUGGCGCUGAUGCAGCUUUCCACUUUGUAAUCGGGUUUAUUCCAUAG